ACGCGCUGCUGAAACACGUCUGUUUCAGAGACAACGGAUUGUGAAACAUUGUCGAGAGAUACUACGACAACAAAAAAUCAUAAAAUAAAAUAAACAAAUAAAUCAUACCGGCGACCCCUUGAAAAGAUUUCUUGAUUUCUUCUCGUAUCGAUCGCUCCCUGGUGUCGCACAAAACUUCAAUUCAAAUAGCCAAUUCAUAAGGAAAAUAAAAAAAAUACAAAAUCUAAAGUCAUGAUCAGCGAACAAAACAAUGUAGAAUUGUUGUCAAUUAAAAUGAAAACUAUGUGCCAUAUGGACAGUGAAAUAAAAGUCAAAAGUGAGCAGAAUCUGAAACUGCAUACGGGUUUCAAAAGGCAGCGUAGUUCAAAGAUCACUGCUGAGGGGCAAAAAGAGCAGCAUCAACAUCAUAGUAAUGAUCAUAAUACUGAUGAUGACGAUGCUGAAGAUGAUCAUUAUGAGUCUGUGGUGCGUCUACUGCGCAUCGAUAAAACUCCCAAUGGUUCGUGUGGCUUUCAUUUGACACGCACCAAAUGGGAUCCCUAUCCAUGGGUCAGUGGCGUUGAUUGUUUUACACCGGCUGCACAAAUUGGCCUACAAGUUGGUGAUUGUGUUUUAGAGGUUAAUGGUUAUGAUGUAUUGGGGUUGCGUAUCACGGAAAUUGCAAAAUUGGUAAAAUCCUCAGAAGCCCAAGUCACGUUGUUACUCUGGAAUAGUAAAUGCAACAGCGAUGAUUGUAGUCAAGAGAGUUUAUGUGCUGCUCCCAUGCCACGUUCUCUGCAACGCCUUUCUGCUGUCGUCCAAUGUGUGCUUAGUGUCCUGGAAUGUCCUGUAUGUUUGGAUACCAUAACGCCACCAGCCAUGCAGUGUCAAAAUGGUCACUUGCUUUGUGUCCAUUGUCGCAUACGUGCCGAAAGUUGUCCUAUGUGUCGUGAUCGUUACUAUCCACGACCGGCUUUAAUUGCAGAGCAACUCCAGACGGCCAUAACCAAUGCGUUCAAUUUGUGCCGCAACGAAGAUAAAGUGAGGCAGAAAAUCUUUGGACGUCAUAAUAGACAACUACAGAUGGUUAAGACAACAUUGGCAUGUACGGCAGCAUGGAGAAGACGACAACUUCAUAAAUCUGAGGAAACAUUAUCAUCGGCCUCCAUGGAAUUGGCUCAGGCCACCAGUCAACAAGGGGAAGAGGAAAGAAACACAACGGAUUCUGCAGGAAGGAUUGCGAUACAAAAAGACAAUACAAAGCCAUCAAGGACCUGUAAUAAAUUUUUAACCAAAUUGCUAAAAUUCAAAGCAUUUUCCAUGGAAAAUCUUGCAAAUGAAAAUUCAACAACAGCUCCAUGGGCAACCACUAACAAUUCAACGGGUGGUGCGAUGCUAAGGACAGUCUUGGAGGACUCCGCAGCAGAUACUUGGGAAAACGGUACCCAACAUCGUCAAUGUCAGGCAAACACAAAUCAAUUUGACAAUUUUAUUGCAACAACUGUUAGAGAAUCGAACCACUUGUCCUUGUCACCAAUGAUGACGAUGGGCAUGACAACAUCGUCGCACCAACAUCCUACGGCCGACAAUAAGCACUGGGGCCACAUAAAUUCAAAUUCUGAUUGUCGCAAACAAAUGUUUUCAAAUGGCAUCAGGCAUUUUUCAUUAUCGUCAAAUGAUUUAACCACUAAUCCAACAAGCACACCAACAGCCAUGGCGACAAGCGGCGGAAAGUCCAUGGAAACGUUAAAACCAACGCCAAGUCCUUUGGCCACCAACUCUGCAACGAUGCGCAAUGCCAACAGCAUUUCGCCAAUUUGGUACCGACAAAGACCAUAUCGAAAAUAUAACAACUACUCGGCACAAUCACUACCACCACGGGCUUUGAGGCCAGAGCCAGAGGAACCUCUGAAAAGUGAUGAUAUUGAAUCAUCCUUGGAUAAGGAUGACAUUUGUCACCAUGCCACUGACACUGCUGCAGAUGAUGCUGUGAAUGAUGAUGAGAUUACUUCUGAUUUUGUCUCACUCCACAAUUCAACGGCCUCGACAAUUUCAUUGAAAUCCUCCAGUUUGUCUUCCGCAUCACCAUGCACGGAUUCAGGAAUUAAUUUUUAAUAUACUCUAAAGGAGGGAAACUUAAAUGAAACACCCCCAAGGUUAAACCAUAAUCCUUAUUGUUAUUAAGAGCAUAACGCUCUGCUCGCCCAACAAGUCUACCUUAACUUUUUCCCUUUGUUAAUCGUUGUAGUAAAAUCUUUUGUUAAUCGUA